GCAGCACAUAUCUUUGUUCAUUUUGUUGAUUCUCGUACGGCGAUCGCGCUUACGGAGAGUAUGAUGGUUGCGAAUCAUCUGUUUUUUAAUGAUUUAAGUUCAACAUGGUCUUUCUUUAGUGUGGGACUAACUUUUUCUUUAUUUAUUCUAGUCAGUACAAAAGUGUGAGUUCUUCAUUACUAAAAAAAUUAGUUUAUAUCUCAUCAUAUCGGCUGUGAUAUUAAUUAAAAGAGUAAAGGAUAAUUUAGUACCAUGUUUAUGGAAAAUAAGAAACUCGUGCCACCAGAUGGAGGAUGGGGGUGGAUUGUGGUUAUUGGGGCUAGCACGGUUAAUCUCUGUACAAGAUCAAUAGAACAGUCAUUUGGACUUCUUUUCGGCGAUUUACUACGAGACCUGGGAGUAGAAACAACAGGGGCCGCGGUCAUUAUGAGUACCUUAGACGCGCUCAUCAAUUUCUCUGGACUGUUCGUAGGGCCUCUCAUCAAAGCCUUCUCCUAUAGAAAAGUCUCAUUGGUUGGAUCAUUCUUGGUUGCUAUGGGCCUUAUAUUAACCAGCUGGGCUACUAGCAUGACGCAUAUCUUGGCAACUUACAGUAUUAUAAACGGAUUAGGAGUUGGUCUUACGGCAUCCGCCACUUUUGUUGCAUUAAACAAUUACUUCUUGAAACGUAGGGGACAAGCUAUUGGUUUUUCACUAGCAGGAACAGCUUUUGGAAUGAUGCUUAUGCCACAGGCAGUUAGAUUACUACUUGAGGAAUUUGGAUUCAGAGGGGCAAUAUUCUUGCUAGGCGGUUUUGCUUUGAACUCACUGGUGGGUUCAACGCUACUACAGCCAGCAAAGUGGCAUUAUAUUCCAGAGCAAAAAUGCGUCGAAGAUGGAGAAUUUAAACAGGAAAUGGAAACAAUCAAAGAAGAUGGUGAAGAAGAGGAAGAUACAGAACGACAAGAAGAAAUUAACAAUCUUAUAUCUACUAACAUGAUAAUUAAAACAUUUGAAGAAUUAAAAGCAGGUGGCCUUAAUAGAAAGUCAACAUUUCCCAGAAAUUUUUCCACUAUGAGCUUUUUGGGAAAUCGAGCUGCAGUAGGAAGGCGCCGAUCAUCUAGAGAAACAAUUAUCAGCAGCUAUUCGAGAUUAGAUUUUACUGGCUCGAGCAUAAAUAUGCAUAUUGAUACACUCGAUUCACCCGAUUCCAUUAGCAGUGACCAUCCAUCCCGUAUGCGCAGAAACAUGAGUUAUCCAGGAGUCCAGUUUUCACCGCAAAACAAGAUUUUAAAAGAGUUGCAAAAAGAACAUCUCAAAUUAAAAGAAAAGCAAAAAAGUAACUGGCAAAAAGUUGUAGAGUUUAUGGAUUUUGACCUACUGAAAGACCCGAUCUACCUCAACUUGGUAUUUGGCUUGAGUAUAUUCUACGUGGCCGAGCAGAAUUUUAAAAUGGUCAUGCCGUUCUUCUUUAAAUCGAUUGGCUACAACAAAAAUGACAUAGCACUCUUUUUAUCUGUGCAAGCGUUUACUGAUAUUUUGGCUAGGUUGAUCUUGCCACCUAUUUGUGACAGAUUAAAUGUAUCAAAACGGACGUUGUUCAUGUGUGGGAUUUUUUUCUUGGGGUUAUGUAGAUCAAUGUUGGCUCAACAAACCAGUUACGUAUUUAUACUGACUUGGUUAGUGAUUGCUGGGUUUGUAAGAGGUGCAGCUUUAAUCAAUUUUGCCAUUACGAUCUCGGAAUAUGCCACACUGGAAAAACUACCCGCUGCUUUUGGAUUACACAAUGUUGGAAAGGGAUUGUUUGUUGUUGUGCUUGGACCAUUAUUAGGUCAAAUUCGAGAUUCAACCAAGAGCUAUCCGAUCUGCCUCCACUCCCAAACUUUUUUAAUAAUGAUGUGCGUACUGGCGUGGAGCAUCGAAUACCUGAUCCUUUAUUGCCGAACUCGAACUGCCGAAUCAGAAAAGUCUGACACUGACACGACGAACACAUGACAAACCGAUAUCGACUAAAAUACGUCAGUCGAUACUCUAUCGAUCCGAUCAGUUUGAUCGGUCGGUGGUUGUAUCGACUGAGGAUAAUAGUCGAUUCUUUGAUAACCUCACAUUGUUUUCUUAUUUGCACAUUAUAAUUUACAUAUAUGUGGAUUUUAAUUUUUUUUUUUAAAUUGGUUAUAAAACCGUACUAAAUAAGUUUUUAUAAA